UCGGAUGAUGCAGUUACACAACUGCACUGUUCAACCCACCUUGGUUCAUCAUAUAAACUCACAUCUCACAGCACUGCAGUGCACACUGCUUCCACUUGUUUGCCACCACAGCAAGUAAACAGCCGGCCACAUCCAGCGGGAACCAUGCAGUCUGCCGAUGCCAAAUUCAAGAGAAACAGCCUGUUCCUGACUCUGAGACGAUACAGCUCAGCCGUCAGUGAAAUGGAGCAGACCAUUCUUCUGCCAAGCCUGCUGCGAGACAUGCCCUCAGACGAGGUUUGGGACUGUGAAGCUGCAGAAGAGACCUGCAAAGACCUGUACGGCAACUACUUGAUGCUCAAAGCCAUACGGACCACAGUGGAGAGCGGCCUAAUACCCCUGGACGAUCACAAGGCCAAAAACAACACUGCACUGAACAAGACCCUGGAGCCUCUCUUGGACACAGAUCCUGAAGUCCUCUUCCACUUCCACGUGAGAGGACUGUUUUCUGUGAUGAGUGACCUCACCAAGAAGACACAGACUCUCACUGAGAAAUACAUGGACAUUAUUGGGGUAGCAAAUUAGUCACAAAACCUAAGAUAUGUGGACAUCUGUUUUUAAGAGAGUCAUCUAAGACACCCAAACAUCGCAAAUGUCUGAAAUGUUUACAUUCAGUGACCCCAGACUUCUAACCUAAUGAAUAAGGAAUAAAUAUGCAUUGUCAAAAUUACUCAAUUGUGUCUCUUAAUUUGCUUUUGUAAUGAUCCCUUUUAUAUAAACAAACAGCACAAGAAAGAUAUGACUUUUUAAAGAAUAUAAGUUUCCUAAGCUUGUAAAGGAUUCAACUUUUUGUUUACACUAAUAAAGUCAGUCACAAAAUUGA